UGUUUCUGGCGAGCGGACGUGUUUCUGAGAGCUCCGCAAAAUGUGAUCAUAUGAUCUCAUUGAAAUCAAUUUUAUCUAUAUUACUAAUCCGUUUAAUUAAUAACACACUGAGGCAUGGUAAAUUUUAAAGAAAUUAUAUUCGACUUUUUUGGAAAUUAUACCACAACGCAUAAUGGCUAGCAAAGUAGCAAAGAAAACCAAGAACAUGGACGUUACCGAUACUAUAAAAGAAACUGGAAAAUCAACCGACGAUCGGCUUGAUAUGGUUAUCAGCCUUAUAAAUGAUAUAAAAGUUGAAAACAAAGAAAUUUUCCAGAAAUUAGAGAAACGGUUAGACAAAUUUGAAAAAUCGAUGGAGUUUAUUAACAAACAGUUUGAGAAUCACAAGGCCAUCACAGAGUCACUCAUCAAACGCAACACCAAAUUAGAAGAGUGCAACGCUAACCUCACAAAACAAGUCGACGACCUUAAUGGCCAAAUACAAUCUCUUCGUCAAGAUCAUAAUGACCUUGAACAGUAUGGACGCCGCGAAGCAAUCGAAAUCGGGGGAAUUCCUAGGGAAAAGGACGAAGACACUGUAUACCUGGUCCUAAAAGUUGGCAAGGCAUUGGGCAUCUCGGUAGACGAACCAGACAUAGAGGCAUGCCAUCGUAUCAGCUCAAGAGAAGACGCAGCAAUAAUUUGCAGAUUUGCCUCGAGAAAAAUGAAAGUAAACUUUAUGAGCAACAGAAAGAAACAGACAGACGCGCCAUUCAAAAGAAAAGAUCUGGGUUUUAUAUCCAACAAAGACAGAAAGGUCAAAGUCUUUAUCAAUGAGUCGUUGACACCAAGAAACAAACUCCUUUUGAAGAAAGCUCGAGACCGGAAAAAAGAAUUAGGUUGGAAAUACGUUUGGACAAGAAACGGGACCAAUUACGCAAGGAAAGAAAAAGACAUAGAUUUUGUGCGAAUUAAAGAAGAACAAGACAUUUUCUCAAAAAUGUUUUAGGUAAUUCUAACCUGUUUUUUCUUUCUUUUAUUUCGAGCCAAUUAAUGAAAUAAAUGAUGGCAUCUCGCGCAAAAAAUCAACCUGACAGCACGACAAGUUGCAUUUCAUGUCCAACCUGUGACAAAAUUAUUUUGGACACUUUUGAUAACUCGAUAUGCUGCGACCUGUGUAAUUUUUGGAUUCACUUUAAAUGCAGCGGAUUGUCCAAAAAACAGUUUCUAUUACUUGGAAACAAUAAAUCCCUGUGGUUUUGUAAACAAUGCUCUAAAGAAACAUAUCCCUUCCACGGACUCGACAAUAAACAAUUUCGUGAUUUCAUUUGUGAAUCACAAGUGCGAUGCAAGGAGCCUCUUGUGGAUUUCCACAAACAACUACCGUUCAAAACAACUUGCUCUGUUUGCUCACGACGAGUAACUAAUUUGUCUAAAAGCCUUUCGUGUCGCCAUUGUCAAAGUUUUAUACACAAAAAGUGUGCCCGCCUUCCAAACUGGCAACCUCACGACAUCCGAGCGAUUUUAGUAAAUUGGUACUGUUCAUCUUGCUGUGAAAAAAUAUUUCCUUUUUACUCUUUAAAUAAUUUUGAAAUAAUUGCUGAAGGAUUCAACUCCAAUGAAACUUGUCCAUGUGCUACUAUCACGCAAGAGCUAACUGAACUAGAACUUACCGAAACAGUUACAGAACUUGACUUCAGCAGACUUAAAUUGAACACUGCUCAUCCUAAUUCAAACAAUGAUAUCGAUGAAAACAUAAAUCUCAAAUGUAACUUUCAAUACUACUCCACGCAUGAAUUUCAUAAGUUACAACGAAAGCUAAAAGCAUUUAGAAACACGCCAUUUAGUAUGAUGCAUACAAACAUUCGCUCGUUGAAUAAAAAUAUCAACAACUUAGAAAUUCUUCAAACAACACUAGGACAUAGCUUUGAUAUUAUAGCCCUUUCAGAAGCUUGGAUCUCCAAGGAAAACGAAAGUACAAUUGAAAACCUACACUUAAAUGGCUAUCAAAAAUUUCAUGGUACUCCUGGCAAUAGUCUAAAGGGUGGCUGUGGCUUCUUUGUUUCCGAAGGUAUUACGUUUUUACCCAGGGAGGACCUAGACUACUCUUUUAUAGGAAAAGAUUGUGAAUUUGAAGCAAACUGGAUAGAAAUUACCAACUCACCAAAGUCAAAUUACGUGAUUGGCGUUAUAUAUCGUCACCCAAGAAAAAAACAAGAGGAUAAAUUCAUUGAAUACUUAACAAACACAGUAUUAUGCAAGAUCAGAAAGGAAAACAAAAUCGCAUUUAUUACUGGUGACUUUAAUAUAGACCUGCUUCGGUAUGAUACAGAAGCAUAUACAGACAACUUCUUGAAUCUCUUACUAUCAAAUUUUUUCCAACCUCGCAUAAUUCAGCCGUCUAAAAUUGCUGGUAAUCAAAGACCUACACUGAUCGAUAAUAUUUUUCUGAACUCAUUAGAAUUUGAGACCUUUAGCGGUAAUCUGAUUUCUAAAAUAACAGAUCAUAUGCCUAACUUCAUAUUCUGUCAAAACCUAAAUGUUAAAUUCUCUAAGGGUAGGAAAAGUUUUUAUCGUGAUUACAAUAACUUUGAUGCUGAUUAUAAAUCUCAGACCUAAGACAGGUGGACCUUGUAAAAUUAAUAAAUGCUGAAAAUAAUCCGAAUGCAAAAUUUUAUGUCUUUCAGGAUACACUGUUAAAUAUUAUCAAUAAACACGCCCCCUUAAAGAGAGUCUCUAAGAAAAUGCAUAAAAUGAGAAAUUCUUAAAUCAACUGGUAUUCUUAAAUCAAUCUCAGUGAAAAAUAGUUAUUACUCGAAAUUUUUGAAAACGAAAGAUCCCUCAUGCUACCAAAAAUAUAAAGGAUAUAGAGACCUUCUAAAUCAUCUGAUAAGAAAAAGCAAAAAGAUCUAUUACAUUUCCUAUUUUGACAAAUUCAAAAAAAAUUCGAAAAAGGUUUGGUCUGGCAUUAAUGAUAUCAUUCAAAAACAGAAAAAACACUCCAAUGACCUUUGCCUUUCAAUUAAUGGUAAAUUGACCACUAAUCAUAAAAUCAUAGCAAACUGUUUCAACCAAUAUUUUACAACUGUUGCACAAAGAAUAGUUGACAAAAUGAAACCCCCCACCAAGAAGUUUCAAAAUUAUCUUAAAACACCAAACCCAAGAAGCUUUUUUAUUCAACCCGUUACACCUCAAGAAAUUAAUGACUUAGUUGCCAACUUAGACGAAACUAAAGCCAAUGACUCAUAUGAUCUACCCGUAAAACUCAUUAGACUAGUAAGGUACACAAUUUCAUUGCCUUUCUCUUUAAUAGCUAACUCAACAUUUGAAAAAGGAAUUUUUCCAGAGAAAUUGAAAUUUGCAAAAGUGACACCAAUACACGAGGGCAAAUCAAAACUUGAACUUACUAACUAUAGACCUAUCUCAAUCCUACCAAUCUUUAGUAAACUUCUAGAGAAGGCAAUGCACUCUCGUUUGGUUAACUUUUUAGACAAGUACAGAAUAAUUUUCAGGCAUCAAUUUGGAUUUCAAAAAAACAAAUCAACAACAUUGGCAAUCUUAGAUCUCUGCACAAAGCUAGUUGAAAACAUUGAAGGAAAACGUUUUUCAUGUUGUAUCUUUCUAGACUUCUCUAAAGCCUUUGAUACAGUCAAUCAUGGUAUUCUGCUAGAUAAGCUCGAACACUAUGGAAUAAGAGGAAUUGCCCAUUCUUGGUUCAAAUCCUACCUUACAGAAAGAAAACAAACUGUCUCAGUUAAUGGCGAAUUGGCAAACGAUCUAUCUAUUAACUGUGGAGUUCCACAAGGAAGUGUCUUAGGCCCACUUCUCUUUCUGCUAUACAUUAAUGACAUAUAUGUUUCUUCACAAAAGCUGGAUUUUCAUCUCUUUGCAGAUGAUACAAGCCUUCUUUUUUCACACAAAAACCUACAAACCUUAGAGAAAACAGUAAACUCAGAAUUAGCAAAUAUCUCCGAUUGGCUACUGGCCAACAAACUUUUCCUAAAUGUAUCAAAAUCAAAUUUUCUGAUUAUAAAUCCGCAUCAAAAAAGGCCUGAUAAACCUAUUGUCCUUCAAAUUGAUGACGAAAAGCUAGUUCAAAAAGACUACACUAAAUAUCUUGGCAUAAUCAUUGACAAACACUUAAAUUGGAAACAACAUAUUAAGCAACUAAAUAUUAAAAUCUCAAAGAGCAUUGGCUUACUAUACAAAACAAGACACUUGGUACCUCAAAGCACACUUUGUACAAUCUACAAAUCGUUUAUCCAAUCUCACAUACUUUAUGGCAUACUAAACUGGGGAAGUGCUUAUAAAACUAAUCUGGAGCCAUUAAAAUCUAGCCUUCGCAGAGCAGUUAGGGUGAUCAAUUUUGCCAAAUACCAAGCUCAUAGUGAACCACUAUUCAAAAAACAUAAUCUUCUCAACUUUGAUAACAUGUAUAAACUUGAAGUUGCUAAAUUCAUGUUUGAUAUUUAUCAUGAAAACGGUAAUGACCUAUUCAACAACCUGUUCAUUAAAACAAAUAUACGUCAUCAGCAUGAAACAAGACAGUCUUCAAAUGACAACUUCUCUUUCCCUUUGGUCUUGACAAAUUACAAACAAAAGUCAAUUGUAUAUGAAGGAGUCAAAAUUUGGAAUUCCCUGCCAUUGCAAAUUAAAAAGUUACCGAAUAAGUAAUCUUUCAUCAAAAACCUGAAAAGUUAUUUCUUAAAGUCGAAUUGAUAUACUUAUUUGAACCCAAUUAUGAACAUUAUCAUUUAUUACCACCAUGCAUCUCACUAUUGUGUUUUUAGUAUAACCAAUUAACAUAUCUUAUUAUACUAACCCUAUAUUAUCUUGAUAUUCCUCCUUUUUAUUUUUCAUUCACAUUCUUCUUUUGAAAUCGAUCACCUACACCUAUAAACGUCCAAUCGGGCAUAUGACCUAGAUAGCUCCUUGUGAGUUCUUUUCAUAUGUCCGACAGCAAACAUACCAAACUUUGAACUAUCUACUGUUUGUAGUUUUUCUUUUUUGUAAAAAAUAAUUGUUAUUUGUGGUUCAAGUAUUAAAUAGAAAUGUAGUAGUUAAUUAUUGCUGUGAAUGAAAUGUUUUGAGUUUUUGAGUUU